AUGUUUGGAUCGGUCCUUAAUCAUUUAUUCGCGUCAAAUCGUGACGUAUUUGAUGCAGAGACUGCCGCAACAAAUGAUCAACAGCAUACAAAAAUACAGAUGGAAGUACAAAACUUUUUACCACAAGUUUAUGAUACAUGGAAUUAUUUACAAAAACUGAAUAUGCAAACAAUGAAAUUUCGUGAUGUCUAUUAUGCUUAUAAACACGAACGUAAUAACGGUCAACGACGGAAAUAUUUUGAACAAUUAAAACAAUUGGAUGAAUAUAUUUAUAAAUUGAGUGUUAUCACAUACGAAAACAUUUUGACAUUAGAAAAAAUAGCAAAACCUGCUCUUAAUGAAUUUAAUAUGUUUGAAAAUAUCAAAAAUAAACAACAACGCCAAUCAUGGUAUACGCCGGCCCAUGUUCGCAUCAUACAAAAUCAACUGACAAGUUUAAAAUUAAGUUUUCGUCGCAUAAUAAUGGAGCAAAAUGAAAUAUCUCAAGAAUAUCAAGAUUUGUUGAAACGAUCCAUACCAGCAAGUUUGACACGUCUUACAGUCACAACAUCAACUGUGGAAAAAAUAAAAAAAUUAUUGAUUACAAAAAGUGAAUCAACAAAUCUUGGUGAUAGUGUAGAUGUACAAAUGUCCUAUAGAAAAAGUAAUCAACACGUACAAAUACAACAGCAGCAGCAACCGCUAACAGAAGAAGAUAUACAAAUAAAUGAUCUGGAAACACGUUUAGAACAUGUGAGACAAUUGAAAGUACGUGUAAGACGAAUGAAUGAAAUGACAAUGGCAAUGUAUUUUGCCGUACAAGAACAAAAUAAUUUGACAGAUAAUAUUUGGAUGAAUAUAUCAGCUGGAUCCGAUUAUAUUUCUCAAAGUGUAAAUGAAUUAAAACUAGUUAAAGAAUUACAACAAAAUAAAAUUGGUCGUUGGAUUAAGUUGUUGUGUCUCGCAUUCUGUUUAUUUGUUAUUCUCAUUAUUAUUCUAGUUAUUGUUUAUGUUGUUGUACGUAAUGCAGAUAAGUAG